GUGGCGCUGUCGGGCGCAGAGCGAUGCGGCGCCGCGGCGGGGACGGUGACAGCGGCCACAGGAGCGACAGCGGCGACAUUGGCCGGGCGGAAGGCAGGCCCGGCGCGGCCCGGCACGGGCGAGCCCAGCAUUCCUGGUUCCCAGGACUGCGCACGCUCCUCCUGGCCCCGCUCCUCACCUACAUCUCCGUGCCCUUCCUCGUCCGCCUCUUCCCCAGCGUGCUCACCAAAUUUGUCUACCUGAACUUCUUGGCCUUCCCCUUCUUCGUGGACUUUCGGCGGCCGGAGCUGCUGGUGAGCAACACCAUCAGCCUGCACCUCACCACCGAGCCGGGCAUCACCGUCGGCAUCUGGCACACGGUGCCAGGCAGCAGAGGGGCCGAGGCGCAGGGCAAGGACCAGCGCUGGUACGAGGAGGCUCUUGCUGAUGCUCACCCCGUGAUCAUCUACCUGCACGGCAAUGGGGGCACCAGGGCUGCGAGUCACCGUGUCCAGUUCCUGAAGACGAUGGGGGCUGCUGGCUUCCACAUCCUGGCUCUUGACUACAGAGGCUAUGGGGACUCCAGUGGACACCCCACAGAGAGCGGUUUCACCACAGAUGUCCUGGCACUCUAUGACUGGGCAAAAGCACGGAGUGGGAACAGCAGCAUCGUCUUCUGGGGACACUCCUUGGGGACAGGGAUUGCCACCAAUGCAGUGAGGAAGCUGCAGGAGGAGCGAGGGGUCCAGGCUGAUGCUGUCGUCCUGGAGUCUCCCUACACCAACAUCCGAGAGGCGGCCGCCAACAUCCCCCUCACCAAGAUCUACCGGCAGUUCCCGGGCUUUGAGUACCUCAUCCUGGACUCCUUGGCUCGGGCAGGAAUGUUCUUCCGCAGUGAUGAGAACGUGAAGGUGCUGGGCUGCCCCCUCCUCAUCCUGCACGCAGAAGAUGACGGAGUCGUGCCUCCGAAGCUGGGACUCAAGCUCUAUGAGACAGCACGCGAAGCCUACAAGGACAAAUCCAAGGUGAAGUUCGUUACCUUUCCUGAGAAGCUGGGCUUGGGCCACGACUACAUCUCCUUCCACCCAGAGCUGCCUGCCCUGGUGAAAGAUGCUCCAAGCCCCGCAUGCAGGGAUCACAAAUCAGGCUCUGACACAGCACAGGAGGGUCAGUGACAGUGUGAGAUUUAUUACAUCUUGUUGCAGAGACUUCUUAAACGUGAAGUGAUGCCAGUUGCUGCCUGCACUGAUCACAUGCUCCCUCAAAUCCACUCCAGGACCCCCCCAUGGCACUGAACUUACUGCUGUAAGCAAUAAAAACUAUUGAGAAACUUUUAAGUCA